UUUCAUUCAUAAUCAGAUACUAGAAGACACAUUUUUCUGGGGAGGGACUUCAGCUAGCUAGUCUUGUUAAAUAAAACCAGUAUUUCCGUCAUAGCAAACAAUCACGCCAGACGCUCAUAUGCAGAGGCUGCUGUGUAGGAAUAUUCAUUUAUAUUUAUGGUUAAUAGCAAAACUGUGUCUGUCAAAAUACAGGGAGUAACAUACCUUAAAUAGAUGCUUUAAUGAUUAAAUAAUUGAAUAUAGUAAUAAUAUUAAAUAUAUAAUACAAAAAUCAUCAUAUUCUUCAAGAAAGGAUUGAAUUGUCAGACUGGAGAGUGACAGUGAAGGUCUUCUGUCAGGUGGACACAUUUAGUCCAGCAAUCACCAUGGAUUCUGGAAAGCCUAGACUUCCACAACGCAGACCAACUCUUAUUCAUGGAGGUCCUCCGAAACGAUAUCGUCUACAUACAGAGAGAAAAGUGCUUGAUGAUCAUGGAAAAGUCAGAAAAUGGACUUAUGGGAUAAAAGACGCCAGUAAACAAAAGAAGAUUGUACUGUUGGUGGGAGAGACCGGUGCUGGCAAGACGACUCUUAUCAACACCAUGGUCAACUACUUACUGGGAGUGAAGUUUGAGGAUGAACUAUGGUAUGAAAUCACAGAAGAAGAAUCCAGAGACCAAUCAGAAUCACAAACAUCUGAAAUCACCAUGUAUGAGGUCUGUCCUGUAAAGAAUCCUGUAUCUCUCACCAUCAUUGAUACUCCAGGAUACGGAGACACUAGAGGACUGGAAAAAGAUCUGGAAGUUGCUGAGAAUUUAUCUAUGCUGUUUCAGAGCAAUGAUGGAGUUUGUGAAGUUGAUGCAGUGUGUUUUGUGACUCAAGCAUCUAAGAAUCGUCUCUCAGACAGACAGAAUUACAUUAUCAGUUCAAUUCUGUCUUUGUUUGGAAAAGACAUUGUGAAAAACAUUGUGUUUUUAAUCACACACUCUGAUGGUCUGCCACCCAAAAAUGUCCUUGGCGCCAUUGAUAAAGCUAAAAUCCCCUGCAGACGAGACCAAAGUGGCCAACCUGUUUAUUUCUUAUUCAACAACCGGCAGGCUGACGCCCGUCACACUAAAGAACGUCACAUUCGUGCCCAAAGAGAUGCUUGGGAAGACAGCAUGGAUGGUAUGAAGCAUUUCCUUCAGUCUCUGGAUGAAAAGAACAGAAGAAGUUUAGAGAUGACUUCAAAUGUCCUAAUUGAGCGCAUUCAAUUUGAAGCGUCCAUCUGCAACUUACAGCUGCGAAUUCAAGAGAAAGAACUGAAAAAGGCUGAAAAACUUCAGAUCCAGCAGGCAAUGAUGCAAAACAAGGAUAAGAUUGAGAAGUGUAAAAAUUUCAACAUUCACGUAAAAAAAACGGUCAAAAUGAAGGUUCCCAUUCAAAGUGCUUCAUGGAAGCACAGGAAGGCGACGACCUGCACCAUCUGUGAAGAAAACUGUCAUGAGUUUGACUGCUGGUGGGUUUCUGAUCCCAGCAAAUGUGAAGUCAUGAAAAAAGGCUACUGCACCGUGUGUACAGGGAAGUGUCAUCACAGCAAACACGUCAAAGAAAACAAGAAAUAUGUCAUGAGCACCUCAAGCUUCGUGAUGGAAUUUGACUCCAUAAAAAAGGAAUAUGAAAAAGCUCAAGAAAAAUCCAAGACAUAUUUGGUUUUAAUGAAACAUCUUGACAAAGAUCUGAAGGAGAUUGAGGACCAAAAGUCAAUUCUUCUGUCUGAAGCUUACCAGAACAUCAAGCAUCUGUCUCAGAUCGCAUUAAAGCCAGACUCAGCCUUCACUCUUCAGCAUCUGGACUUCUUCAUCCCCAGAGUGAGGGAGGCUGGGAAAGAAGACUGGGUGAGAGAGCUGGAGGAAAUGAGGAGAAAAGCUGUAGCUGAAGAAGCAAAUAAAGAUGCUCUGAGUUACCUGAGAGCUGGUCUGGCAAAACUUUUCCUUGGUGAGCAUCAAUAAGUGGAUGAUUUCUGUACACAGGAAUUUCUACAGCACUUGUAUAUACCAGGGGUUGCCUUCAUCAUUUUUUAUGAAUUACUUUUUACAUAAGCCAAGUUUUUGGGACUGGAUUUAUUUUAUGGUUUUAUUAUGUUUGUGUGGCCGGCAGACGUCUGUGAGGGUCUGCAGGCAUUUUACUUUCAUUUUGUUCUUUGUUUAUUUUGAAUAUUAUUAAAGUUAUGUUUAACGUUUGCCGGUUCCCACCUCCUUCUUCCCGUAUCAACAAACUUUACUAGAGUAAUAUUUGUCAUUUUCCAGCCAGCAGCCAAAUAAACACUAAUGUUAAGAAGCCAAAGGUCAAACGCACAACUAAAGCAAACACUAAUCUCCAUCAUGGUAACAUCAAAUGAAACAAUAAAUCAUCAACAUCUAAACCUCUGUGAAUUCUCAAUAAGAGCUUCUGUAGACGUAUGAAAGAAAUAAAGUCAAUCUGGUUAGUAACAAGUAAAGCUGGUAAUGCUGUUUGUAAAGUUGUUUAGUCAAGUCAAGUCACCUUUAUUUAUAUAACACUUUUUACAAUGCAGAUCGUUUCAAAGCAGCUUUACAGUGAUAACAGGAACAUGAUUUUGUAUGUACAGAAGCUGUAGAAAAAUAGUGUCAUUGUCCAGCUUAAGUAAGUUCAGUAUUGCUUCAUUGCCAUUGUAAAAAACAUCAGUUAUUAAUUUAGUUAAUUUAUCUAUUCAGCAGCACUGGAGAAAACAGUAAUGUCAUCGUCCAGCUCAGUUCAGUUUGCAUACAAUGGUGUCAAUGCAGGCAGAUCAAAAACAUUGUUGAAUAUCAAGUGUCCCCAACUAAGCAAGCCAGAUGCGCCAGUGGCAAGGAACCCAAACUCCAUCAGCUGACAAAAAUGGAGAAAAAAACCUUGAGAGAAACUAGGCUCAGUCGGGGGGCCAGUUCUCCUCUGGCCAACAGUGAACAGUGCUUGAUUAUGAUUCAGGCAGCGUUACAGGUCAUAAGUCAGAUUGGGAUCACAACAGUCAAAAUAUUUAAUCCCGUUCCAUCUGGUUGAAGAUCGGAUUCAUCACGCCGGUAUGGAAACGGUUUGUUGGUGACCUGUGCCACUGGCUGUCAUGUUGAUGAGGCCUUCACAGGGGAUGAUCUAGUUGACACAAUCUCUGCUGACACUUCAGCGUUGUCGUCAUGUCUAGACGCAGGUCCUCCUUCAUCUGGAUAUGACCCGGAUCCGGCUGACUACGGUAAACCUCGGGAUAAACAGAUAGACUGAUAUUAGCAUAGAUGCCAAUUUUCUUAUGAUGUAUCAAGUACAUCAGGUGUUAUAGGAAAUGUUCCCGGUUCCGGCUGCUCUAAUUUAUGCAGCCUAACAAGACAGGGCCUAAGACACAUUCACAGACAGGGCUUAGCCUAAGGCAGGAUUAGGCCUUAGUUCAAUUAGAAUGUUUAAGUGUCUUUUAUAAAUGUACAAUAGAAAAAAAAAACAUUACUGGUGUGCAUCUUGAGACAAAACAAUGGUCGCUUUCAGUUAAAACAGCUCAAACAUGCAUUUAUUCUGGGACUAGCUUAAAGGGGUGAUGAACUGAGAAAUCAAAUUUUCCUUGAGCUUUUGACAUAAGAGGUCAUCAUACUAUAAGAAUAUCCUGUAAGUUUCAGAACUGAAAACUUUCUUGUUAGUCCAAUAAAAGCUUUUAUUGACACCAGACCCAGCAAAUGAAAGGUUUUUCAAAGUGGGGAUCUAUGAAAGCGCAGCAAGCACCGCCUCCGCAGAAGAAGAUCAACGCCUACUUCUUCACUGCCUGUUUAGCCCCGCCCACCGAUUCGCGCAUGACAUGCAAUAGAAUAGGUAGCCUAAGUAACAUAGGCCUAUGUGGUUCUAAACCAGAUCGAGCUACCAAGCAAUAAACAUGCCGUUGAGGAUUACAAAAUAUUGUGCAGUGCCUGGACUCGACAGUAAUGCAACAUGUAAGUAACGGUGUUAAAUCUAAUGCCUGAUCUGAUAUUAAUGAUUCAUGUACAGUCAGAUGUUCCUUGUCUGUGUGUCAGUAAAUCAAACCAGUGACUAAACGCCAACUUACG